UUGAACUUGUGCUGCGAACCAACACACGUAUAGGCUAUGUACAAUGAGCUCAUUGAGUAGCCGUCUAAUUCGGCGACACAUUAAUUUGUUUAAGUGUUUAUAAUACUCGAGAAUAUCAGUGAAAUAGGUGCUAUGUGCAUUGUUAACUUUCGAAUUCAAACUUAAUACUUAAAUGUCUUCGAUUUAAUUUUUGUUUUCGGUUCAGUCUUUGGAGAUAUUAUUUGUGCUUAGAAAUUCAAGGAAGUGAUCAACUAACGACAUGAAGUCAGAUAUGGAUUUCGCAUUUAAAUUGAGUAAACGAAGAUGGCUGAUAAUGAUUUUAUUUAUGAUAUACGCCAUCAAUGGAGCAAUCCAGUGGGUUCAGUUUUCAAUAAUUAGUGAUCUUGUCGUCAAGUAUUAUAAUGAUACUUCGGCAACACAAGUAGAAUGGACUACGACCUGUUUUAUGCUGGCUUAUGUGAUAUUUAUUGUGCCUUCGUUGUAUUUAUUAGAUAAAGUGGGAGUAAGAAACACGUUGAUAAUUGGCGCCACAGGUGUGACAAUUGGCACGUGGAUUAAGGUAUUUUCCGUACAUCGUGACAGGUUCUUCCUGGUACUGAUUGGGCAAUCUUUUCAAGCAGUAUUUCAAAUUCUAACGUUCGGUUUAUGUGCUCGUUUCACUGCCAUUUGGUUCGGAGCUAAUGAAAUUUCCAUCGCCGGAGCUCUGGGAUUAUUUGGAGAUCAACUAGGUACAGCUUUAGCUUUUUAUGUUCCACCUGCGUUGGUUAAAGAUGGCACACCUGAAACGAUCGGAGAAGGGUUGAAGAAAAUGCAUUGGUUGAUUGCUGGUUCUUCAACAGCUGUACUUUUGAUGAUAGUUUUAUUUUUUAAAUCAGCCCCUAAACUUCCUCCCAGUGCAGCUCAAGCUAAACAAAGGCAGUCUGAAAAAGAGAACGUAUUUCAAGCACUCAAAUCAAUAUUGAGAAAACGAGCUUUUAUUUUCAUAUUACUUUCCUAUGGCUGGAAUGUCGGAUCGUUUAAUGCAAUUGCUACUCUUUUGAAUCAAAUUGUGCUGGUCAAUUUUCCGAGAGCCAAAUGUACUCGAGUGUUAGAAUGGAUAAGAAGUAUAGUGACUACCUAUGUAGAUGGUAAGGAGGAUGCAGGAAGAAUAGGAUUUAUAAUGAUGGUUAGCGGAAUGUUUUGUUCUUUGAUCGUCGGGAAGAUUUUGGAUAAAACACGAAAAUUCAAGGAAACUGCAGUAUUCCUAACAACAGGAUCAGCAAUUACUUACGCCGCAUUUAGCUGGUCUUUGAAAUCUGGAUCACUCACCACUGUUUACGUGGUAUCCUUUUUCAUCGGAUUCUUCAUAUUGAGCUAUUAUGGCACCGGUUUCCAAAUGGCCAUCGAAGUGACUUUCCCUGUAUCCGAAGGAAUUUCAUCCGCAAUUUUAUUCCUAUCCGUCCAAAUGCACGGUUGCUUGAUAACAAUUGUAUAUGGAUACGCUGUCAAGUUAUUCGGCGAUUUACCAUCGAAUAUCGGUUUAACCGUAUUAUUCUCGAUCAGUGCGAUUUUUGCUUGCUUGAUCCCAGCAGAUCUAAAAAGACAAAGUGUAGAAAAAUCAGUCCAUGGUAAAAUUCAUGUUGAAGAGACGAAAGAUUUUAUAUAGGUAGCCUAGGUAGGUAAUAGGUGUACUAUAACCUACCUAUGUUACAAUAUUCAUUGAACUCAGGAUCGUGUUGUGUUGAGACUUAUCUGUCCAACACGGAUGAAAAUGUCGGCAGUAUUGUAAAAAGAAAUAGGUAUUGUAUUAUUUAUAUUAGGUACCUGGUACCUUUCCUACCUACUUGUUGGUCUACGAUGCGUUGUACAUAAAUAUUGUACCUACCUGUGUGAUGAGAAAAUAUGAUUUUCUUUAUUUUAUGUUUUCUGGUGCAAUAACAAUUUAGAAUUAGGUAGAGUAGAUACCUACCUACCUUAUCGUUUGUUUCAAUAUCUUGUGUAAAUUAUUGCAGAAUUGCCAUUGUAUUUGUGUUGUUGAUUUUUACCAUUUUUAUUUCAAAUUUUAAAAGAAUCUGUGUUGCGAGUAGCCUUAGUUAUGGUCUACUAUAAAAUGCUCAUUUUUUCAAUGUAUUAUAUGUAGGUACGAGUAAUUUCCAAUGUAAGAAAUAUAUCUAAGCGUAUGUAGUGAAACUACACAAAUCCACUUGAAUGGAGAUUUUAUUCAGUGAUUAAGUGUUAUGUUUCAUUUUUCAAUAAUUUUUCUGUGUACUUUUUCUUUAUCUGUGCAAUUUUAAGAACCAGAAUAUAGUAAAACUUAAUUUCUGA